CUGAAAGAGAAACACCAAAUGAGAGUCAAUGGAGGAGAAGUCAAACUAAAGUCCCACAUUCUCUCAUGGUGACGUUUGAUGGUUCAACUUUCCAAUCCUUAAAUCCAAAGUCGAGCAUUAGGUUCCGUUUCUAGAGCCUUUGGAGCACGGACAUGAUGACAGGUUCCUGAUCUUGGUCGUGUGUAGAUCGGUUAGACUGCUGUAGAACAGCUCAGGCCUUAUCAGCUGCAGCAGCUGAAGGAGUAACGGCUUAUCUCAGAGCUGCAGCUUCGUCUCUGGGGAUCGACUUGUGCCGUUACGUUUCCAUCAAACCUGCGUCUUUGUGACCGAGCUCGUGUUUCUGCUUUAUGAGGUAAUUUUUAUCAAGAAUCAGGAAAACGCAGAAAAACUUCAGAAUCUCAAAGUAAAUCCUCAUCUGGACAUCAUCAGUUUCUAGGAUUCAUCCUCAUUUCCCUCGUCUUCCCGCUCAGACUGAAUCCCGCUCUGCAGCCAUGGCCAGCACCCCAAAGAGGUGGACCCUGAAACCUCUGUCCCCCAUCCUGAGACCCUCAGACCUUCAGACGAUGACGGUCUCUGCUCUGAAUGACAGCAUCUCCAGCAGUAACUCCUCUGUGGUGGACUCUUCGUCUCAGAGGGGGAGUCUCCAGGACAUACCGGUUCAGACCAGCCCUGUUCACAUUUUACAAAAUGGGAGCUCAGAUGAUUCUGAUCCACUGAGUCUUAGCAGUUCCAGUAGCUUGAAAAGCCCCAGCAGCCCGUCAAGCCCUCGGUGUGGCUUCUACUCGUUUGUAGAGGACCCCACGAGUCCAGAAGCCAAGGAGAACGAAUCAUGGAUGCUGUCGUCUCAGCGGCAGGCUUACCUGGCCACACUGAAGGAGGAGACUGGAUUCAAACUACAGGCUUACAACAGCGCCAAAAAACCCCAAACUCUGUUUUCUGUGGACCAAGACGAUUCCCAGUACAAGAUAGAUCCACACAACAACAUGAACGGGAUCUGCAAGACAGACGAAAAGCAGCUCCGCAAAGAAAUUAUUCGCAGCCAGGCGCCAAGAAACAUGCUAGCCCAGACGUCACACCGCGAGGUAAACCUGACCCGGUCCACAAACACAGAGACAGAACCGCACGGUCCAGUCAGCUCCAGGACAAAACCCUCUCACCCCAACCAGCCAGAGACCACGGAGAAGUAUCAGAGCAACUUCAAGACUGUCAGGAAGCUCUUUCUGAACAUGGAGGAGGAGCAGUUGAAGGCUCUCUUCAGCCCUGAUUGGUCCACAAAGCUCAGGCGGGUUUCUACGCCGAAGUCCAGAACUCAUGUUUCUCCACCACAUGGAGAGGAGGAUCAGAGAACCAAGAAAAUCAGUCCCACCACUGAUGAUCUCGAGAGGAACCGAGAGCAGACAUCCAAACCAGAGAAUGGGAGCUGUGCAAGGAAUGCUGAACUGUUCAGGCAAGACAAAACAACUAAUCAAUUCUUAAGUGUCCAUGAAAGUCCCACUGAAGAGGAGAUCAGAACACCAGAGGAACAUGAAGAGAGCCUGCAACGCUCUUGUGACCUGGAGAGCAAAAGUGAAGGAGAGGUGACUGAAGCUACAAUGAAACCCCCGCUAUCCCUUCUUACCUCCGGAACAAACAAAGAGACACUUCCUGGUGGAAUAAUCCCAAAUCAAGAGAUUCACCUGCAGAACCUGGAGGCGAAGGAUCUUCAGCUCCUUGAAACUCCAGGACAAGUCAGUCCUUUGAAGACAAACGCUGAUGACAUCCGGACUGAAGAGAAGCCUCUGAUGGGAUCUGGAACAGGAGACAUUUUCCCAUCUCCUUGCUGUCCACAUCGUCAUCACCAAGAGUUAAAGUUCUAUCAAACAAACGUUGCUGCUUCCCUCCAUUCUGAAGGGGACUCUGAUGUUCAGAACUCACCACGUUUUCAAGAGGACUCUGCCUCUUCUUUUUUACCUUCUCCCCGUUUCUCUCCAUUUUCAUCCCGAAAGUCGACAACUCGCUGGGAACCACAAAAACUGGAUUAUGCCAGCUCACAAUCAAGGGAACCAGCACUAGAUUUGAUCAAGAAAGAGAUCCAGGAGGUUCUGAAACGGGAGCAAGAACUGAAAGAGAUGAGGGAGUCCAGGAAGGGGAUCAGCCGACCACUCCUGUCUCCGGCGUCUCUGGUGGAAAAGGCAAACAUGAUGGCGGUCAGGCUGUUCUACCCCCAACCAAACAAGGAAAAAGAAGUGAAUUUGAAUUCUUCGUCUGGCCAUGUCGACGCUCCUCAUCCUCGGACACCCUCCUCCAGGCUCCCGCGGCGUCCUCCGAGUCUGACCGAGAUUCCCGUUCAGGACUUGGAGGAGCAUCAGGCCGAGCUGGAAGAAAGCUCCUACGGAGGAAUCCUGCUGGUCGACAACAUCAACAACAAGGUCAUCGAGUCCACCAGAGUCGCUCGCCAUAAAAACCAGCGAGCUCUGCGGUGGGAGGCUGGCGUGUUCACGACCACGGAGACGUAAGAGGAAAGAGGACGCUCUUCCACCGGCUGAAGCGUGUUCACUCUGAAGCUACAAGCUGGUGACGUCACAAACUCUGCAGAUGUAUUUUAUAGAAAUAUUCUGACGCCUGCUUGUGAUGUUUGUAAAAACGAAUGUUUAUAUAUUUAAAUGUUUUCUGAAUGAUUAUGUUGCUCUAACAGACGGAUCGGGUCAUAAACCAGCAGCUCGUUUUCUCCUCUGAUCAAUGGAACAAGUUAAGUUUGAGUUCUUUUAUUUGCUUUUCCAUCGAGUGGAGGGACAUGUUUACCUUAAAAAUCCGAAUUGAAAAGAUGUAUUUUUAUUUAUUUAAUUUUAAUGUCACCUAAUAUUUGAAUCUUGAAAAUUGUUUCCAAUAAAGUACAAACUUGUAAAUGAUUAACUAUAACUUGUUGUUUUUGCUGAAUAAACUGUGAUCUGCAGUCGUCUGUAAAGACAUUUGGACCUAAAAACAACAAAGUAGAAAAUAACUAAGAAAGAAAAAAAAA